UCCGACACUAAUUUGAGAGCGCGCAGUGGCUGCCGGGAGGGACGGUCCCGCUCCGCUUUUUACUUCUUCACAUCGUUAGCUUUAGCUAAGGAAUUGCGUCGCGCAUCGCUCUGGUUGUUGUAUAAGAGAUAGAAAAACAAGGGAGAGAGGAGACAAAAAAGACCACACGGGGACAGUCUUCCUCAGACACCCCCUUCUCUAUUCCUCUUCCCCAGAGCGCUUUAGAAAAUGGCGUCCGACCUUCGCGCUGCUUGCGAUACAUGCCGGGACUUGUAGUCUUUUCGCUCCCUAGAGCCCCGUUGGCGUCAGGGGCUGAAGUGCCGAAGGGGGACUACGUUUCCCAUAACUCCACGGGCAAAGAGGUUUCAGAGGCACCGGUGGUGCUAGCCUGUGAGCGCCAUGUACAAUGGGAUAGGGCUCCCCACUCCCCGGGGCAGCGGCACUAACGGUUACGUACAGCGCAACCUCUCGGCCGUGCGCCACAAGAAGGAUCGCACUGACUACAAGUCAGAAGAGGAGUUGAGGAAGCUGGAGUCAUCCCUGGUGAAAAAACCCAACCAGGACAUCCUGGAUCACGAGCGCAAGCGAAAGGUUGAGCUGAAAUGCUUAGAGCUAGCUGAACUCAUGGAAGAGCAGGGAUAUGGAGAAGGGGAGAUCCAGGAAAAGGUAGCCACUUUUCGGAUGAUGCUUCUGGAGAAGGAUGUAGCAGUGGUCAAGGAGGGGGAACAGCAGCAGAAGCCGGCUGUCACAGAGACCCAUCAGCUAGCUGAGGCGAACGAGAAGAAAAAUGAGAGGCUUCGAGCUGCCUUUGGAAUUAGUGACAACUAUGUGGAUGGCAGCUCCUUUGAUCCCAACCGCAGGGCUAAGGAGGCAGCAACAGCUGCAGCAGCUAAGCAGCAGCAGGAGCAGCAAAAGCAGUACAGUCUUGUCAAAGAGUCUAGCAGCUCCUGCUCACCGUCUCCAAAACAGAAAAAAAAGAAAAAGAAGAAAGACAGAGGCAGAUCUGAGAGCAGAUCACCUUCUCGAAGAGAGAGAAAGAAAAGUUCAAAGAAAAAGAAACACAGGUCAGAGUCAAAGAAAAGGAAGCACAGGUCUCCGAGUCCUAAGAGCAAACACAAAUCCAAGGAAAAGAAACGGAAGAGGUCCACCAGUGAGUCGGCAUCUCAGAAAGGCCGCCGGGAUCGUUCUUCCUCCCCAGAUGAUUCCUCCUCAUCAGAUGCUUCCCGUAGCAGGUCAGGCAGCAGUACUGCCCAGAAGCGGGCUCCCUUAAGGCGGCAGAGCAAAUCUCCUUCAGCACCUUCAUGGAAACAAGGGGAAACUGAAGCAGUUCCCAAGAAUCUGACAGAGAGAGAACACUCAUCUUCUCCUGAACCUGCCCGGCGGGGCAGGAGCCCAAGUCCUCGAGAAAGCAGAGAAAAGCGUGAGAAAACUACAUCCAAGCAUUCUCCAGUACACGAGACCCACCAACACUCUGAUAGCCCUUUAUCUCCUGCCAAAGAUAAGGAAAGAGACAAGGAAAGGAAGUCUGCUCGGCAUGGGGAUCGGAAAUCCACCCCGUCAUUUGAGCGGGACUCAAGUUUCAAGCAUCGCUCCCCAGUGCCAAGUGAUUCUUCUCGAGAAAGAGUCUUGGGGCACAAGCGUCCCUCCUCUAAGGAGAGCAGGUCUCCAACCUGUGCCUCCUCACCCUCUAAAAAGCAAUCAGAGGAUCGUAAUGGGACUCUCCCACCAUCCAAGGCUAAGAUGUCCCCUGACCAGAAGGAGAAGCUGGCAACGUCCUCAUCUCCUAAUUCCAAGGCCAGUGAAAUGAAAUUGAAGAAGGUCUCCCCUGAUGGCUCUCCAUCUCAGCGCUCCUGUUCUCCUUCAGAGAGUGGUAGCUGCUCCUCCUCUUCCUCUUCUUCUCCCUCCCCAGCAACUAAGCCAGCCACAGUUUCCCGUAGCUCUUCUCCAGAGGAGCCUCCUAAAAGGCAAGGCAAAGAGAAGGCCUCUACACACAGAGAGAGGUCUAGCUCAUCCCCCGAAGUCUCCCGCUCUGGGCAAAAGCAGGCUGCCAAGGCCACAUCUCGACGUGAACUAUCAGGCACCCCUCCAGCCAGGGGCAACAAGUCAAGGACCAGUCAGAGAGACAGAUCUCUCUCCCAAACACCCAUUGCUCGAAGAGGUAGAUCUCGGUCACGCACCCCACCUAGGAGAGGCAGAUCACGCACACCUCCCAGGAGGGGAAGAUCUCGCUCUGCUCAGAGACGUGCCCGGUCUCGUUCUCGCACUCCUCCUAGAAGGGCCCGUUCUCGCAGCCCUCAGUGGCGGGGAAGGUCGAGAACACCCCAGCGUUGGGGAAGGUCACGCUCACGAAGUCCUCCUAGAUGGGGCCGAUCUCGGACACCUCAGAGGCGUGGUUGGUCUCGUUCUAGGACCCCCCAAAGACAUGGUUGGUCUAGAAGCAGAAAUAGUGGGAGAUGGGGAAGGUCCAGAACGCCACCAAGAAGAGGGAGAUCACGUUCAAGAACUCCACCAAGAAGGGGAAGGUCUAGAUCUAGAACUCCACCAAGACGAGCAAGGUCUCGCUCCAGAACUCAACUUAGAAGAGGUAGAUCUAGAACCAGAACACCUCCCAGGAGAGGGAGGUCAAGCUCUUCACCAAGGAGAGAGAAGUCUUUGAUCUCAGCCAGGCGAAGUAGGUCUGUGUCGUCUCCAGAUCGGAAGACCUCCAGAAUUUCCUCAAGAAGAAGCCGAUCUGACUCUUCCCCUAAAAUGAGAGACAGGCCCAGAAAACCAUUGAGACGUAGUCAGUCUGGAUCAUCUCCUGAGUCAAGAAGCAGAUUACGAGUGUCUCCCCGGCGCAGUCGAUCUGGAUCACUUCCAAAGGCAAAGAAGAAAUCACAGUUGUCUCCUAGAAGAAGUCGUUCAGGUUCCUCUCCAAGGUCGAGGAAGAAAAAAUCAAGAACACCACCACGGCGCAGUUGCUCUAGUUCUUCUCUAAGGGUGAAAAAGAAAGCCAGGUUAUCUCCAAGGCGAAGCAGAUCUGGUUCUUCAACACCAAAAGAAAAAUCCAGAUCACCUGCUAGGCGUAGUCAAUCCAGGACACCUCCAGCAGUCAAAAAUAGAUCCAGAAUAUCCUCAAGGAGCAGAUCUAGCUCAUCUUCAAGACGUACAAAGAAGUUUGAUCAUUCUUCAGCAGUUGAAGAGAAAUCUAAAAUGCCUUCCAGAAGGAGCCGAUCUGGUUCAUCUCCAGCAAUAAGGAGGAAAUCUAAAUCUCCUGCAAGACGAAGCAUAUCUGGCUCUCCAAGAAGGCGAAACAGAUCCGAGUCUUCUCCAGAAGUGAAAAUGAAGUCAAGGUCAGGGUCAUCCCUAGGACUGAAGAAGGAAUUGAGGUCAUCCCCAAGACGAGGCCGGUCUGGUUCCUCACAAUCCUCAACAAAGGAAAACUCUUUAUCUCCAAAACGAGCAGCCUCUCCAGAACCAAAGUCCACACCUCCAUUGCAGCGAAGUAGAUCUGGAAGAUCUCUAGCAGAAAAACCUAGAUCACCACUCCUAAGGCAGAGCAAGUCUGGAUCACCUCCAGCUUUCAGAGGGACAUCUGUCUCUCCUCCAAGACGAACUGCAUCUGGUUCUUACUCAGAACAGAAGAAGAAAUCCACUUCACCGUUGGGGAAAUGUAAAACUGACUCUUUGGAGUUGAAGAAAUCAAGAUCACCACCAAGGCGAAGCAGGUCUAGUUCCUCACCAGUGAUCAAAGAACAGUCUAUAUCUCCUUCCAGGAGCAAGUCCAGAUACUCUCCUGAUGCAAAGAGAUCCACAUCACCUUCAAGGCAAAUCAGGUCUGGGCUGUCUCCUCCAGAAGGGAAAGAAAGGUCUAUGUCGCCUUCCGGAAGAAGUGGGUCCAGAUCAUCUCCUGAACUCAAUGGCAAAUCUAAAACCUCCCCAAAACAAAACAAAUCUCAAGAAAUGAAGGCCAAAUCUGGGUCACCUCCAAGGCACAUCAAAUCUGGAUCCUUGGCAGCAACAGAGAGAGCUGCAUCACCAUGCCAGAAGAGUAAAUCAGGUUCACCUCCCUCUGGGAAAGAGAAAUUGCAGUCUCCACCAAGGCAAGGCCAGCCUGGGUCUUCGCCAGUACUCAAGGAGUCAGAGGUUCCAUCAAGGCAAAGUAGAUCUGGAUCUUCCUCUUCCUCUUCUUCUUCUUCAUCAUCCUCAUCAUCCUCUUCCUCCUCUUCUUCAUCAUCAUCUUCUCCAGAGGAUGAUAAAUCUCGAUCACCCCCAAGACUGAGCCGCUCUGGAACACUGUCAGUGAAUAAAAGCAAAUCUGCAUCGUCCCCAGUGCACAGCAGGUCAGAUUCCUCUCCGGAGCCAGAGAACAGCACACUUGCAGCUGUUGCAAAGCACAACAGACCUGGAGCUUCUCCAGAAGCAAGCGACACUUCAAAAGCUGCAGUGAUGGGGCCUAGAUUGCCUCUGGAGAAGGAGACACCCAGAGAUGCACCUCAGAGGAGCAGGUCAGGGUCAUAUUCGGCGGUUAAAGAUAAGCCAAGAACACAUAGCAGUGAGAGCAGUUCAGAGUCCUCACCAGAACGGAAAGAAAAAUCUGUAAGCAGAUCUGUGUCACCUCUGAGACCUUCAGUAAAAUCGAGGACACCUGUAAGACGCAGGACAUCAAGGUCGCCACCCAGGCCUAGAGCAAAAUCCAGAACACCACCAAAGCGUGGCAGGUCUGGAUCACCACCAAGGCCUAGAGUGAAGUCCAGAACACCCUCCAGACGACGUAGGUCUGGAUCAUCUCCAAGACCCAGAAUGAGGUCCAGAACCCCACCAAGGCGACGCAGGUCUGGCUCUUCCCCAAGACCACGAAUGAAGUCCAGAACCCCACCUCGCCGCCAUUGUAGAUCUGGAUCAUCUCCAAGACCAAGAAUGAAAUCUAGAACCCCUCCACGACGCCGGAGAUCUGGUUCAUCUCCACAAGCCAGAGAGAAGUCUAGAACACCAAUUACAAGAAGAAGGAGGUCUGUGUCACCACUGAGCCCUAGACGGAAGUCCAGAACACCUCUGAGACAGAGGUCCAGAUCACGCUCCAGGCAGAAGUCAAAUGCCAGCGCACAUCCACAUAGGUCUGAGUCAUCAUCCCACUCUGACAACAGACCUCGAACCUCCUUGCGACGGGAAAGAUCUGGCUCCCUCUCAUGGAGGAGCCGUUCCCGUUCGCUGUCCAGGCGACGAGACAAGUCUAGGGGCUCGCUACGGAGGGAAAGAUCCAUUUCAUCCCCAGGCCGAAGCUGCUCAAGGUCCCCUUCUCGUCAGAACAAAUCUCGCAUCCCAUGGAAGGGUGAGCACUCUGUCUCCUCACCACGCAGAGGUCAUUCCCGAUCACCAGCACGGAGAGAGAUGUCGAGGCUGUCCCCACACCGGUCUGCUACCAGUCGAAAUGCCUCCCGUUCACCUCCCAGACUAGAUGCUCCACGCAUAACAGCAGCUUAUAAAAGCACUGGGUCCAGAACAUCUCCUGAUUUUCAGACAUCUCCUGUAAGGAAGCAUUCCAGAUCAGGCUCCGGAGAAAUCUGCACUUCUCCAGGAAGGAAAUCUCGCUCCCCUCCCGUGCUGGAGAAAUACCCCAAGUCUGACAUCCAGGAAAAGCCAGCAGCCUCCUCUGUUUGGCACAGCAAAAGCAACGCUGCCAUUCCUCGCACUCCAACACCACCACGUGAGGACUCCCCCCAGCCUCGAAAGACCCUGUCUCCUGCUCUAUCUGUGCCACGGGAGUCACCUACAGCGUCGAAGAAUGGUGGUUCCAUGGCCGUCCAAGACAGCCCUGGAGAUCAGAGUCAGCCCUUUCAUCCCACCUUGGUUAGGGAUGAUACAGCUGCUGGUGCUCCUCUGUCAGGGAGAAGCAGUUCCCAUGCAGACCCCGCAUCUCCUGUUAAAGCUAGAUCAUCAUCAUCCUCUGCGUCCUCCAGCCCCUUGCCAGCCCUAGUCUCUGUGCUGGCCCCGCCCCCCAAGGAAGAGGAAUCUGUAUCUGAAGGGAAGGUAGCAGAGAGGCCUGAAGAGCGCCUCCCCACCCUUGAGGCUGAGGCACAGUUGGCUUCUGUUGCCAUGGAGGAGAACACCAGGAGCAGCUGCUCUACUGCCCCACAACUGGCUCUCCCCUCCCCACCACCCUCUGCUGCUUCAAAGGUGAAGAGAAGUUCUUCUGCUUCCUCCACCACUUCAUCGUCGUCCUCUUCUUCAUCGUCAUCGUCAUCUUCUGAUUCUGAUUCUGAGUCUAGCUCAUCUGAGUCAAGCCCCCACGAUCAGCCAGCGAAAGACCUUGGGGCUGAGAUUGUGCUGAAACAACCGCCAAGUCCAGUGCUGAAGGAGGGUAACCGUGAUGAGCAGCCUCUUGAAGUGGGCAAACGUAAGCGCCAUUCUCGGAGCUCCAGCAGUUCCAGCAGCAGCUCUUCCUCCUCCUCUUCUUCCUCUUCCUCCACAUCCUCCUCCUCCUCUGCCUCCUCGUCCUCCUCCUCGUCCUCCUCUUCGGCUUCAGUGUCGUCGCCUAAGACUGGAUCCCAGACACUUCCUAAGGUGGUCCCCAAAAAGAAGCCGUCUCCAGAGAAGAGGAAGUCACGCAGUCCCCGGAAGCCUAUCGACUCCCUGCGUGAUUCACGCUCCCUUAGCUACUCCCCAGCAGAACGCCGUCGGGUUUCACCUCCUGUCCAGCCACCUUCAGCUUCAAGGGACCGACGCAGGGACAGAUCCAGGGACAGAUCCUCGCAGAGAAACAGACGAAGCAUCAGCAGGUCUCCAGGACGGAAACGGCGACGCAAUUCCCCCAGCCCUCGAGCUCCCCGCCGCAGAACUUCAAGGUCUCCUUAAGCCUCUUGAAGAGUCCGGAAAGUCUUUGCCCUUGCAACCACAGACUGCACCACCCCAGUCUCCCACAGUGCUGUCCCAGGUG